GAGUUUAGUAUUCCUUCUGCCAGUGGAGGGAGAGCAUACGCGCCCCGACGCUCCGUGCUUACCGUUUCACCUUCCCCGGAGCAUUGCAAAUAGCUUGUUCUUCAACCUAAGUCCCAUGGCUGUUGAGACUAGGCUGGCGGGGCGUGCUGCAGGUUGAUGAGACCCCCACACACCUGCAUUCCCCACCUAUGGAGUGAAAAACGUGCGCAAGGAAUGGUUGGAGGUGGUUGAAGCUGGUAUUGUUAUUAUUAUUAUUUUCUGUUAUUUUUUUUUUUCGUUUCAUCCCGUUUUCCAAAUCUCUAAAUGAACUGGGACGUGUUGUGUGUGCGUCCGUGCGUUCGUCCCCGACUUGCUGUACUGCGGCUGGUGUGCACAUGUGUGUUGGUGGUGGGCGUUGGUGUGGCCGUCCUGCCCCGACCAUGGGCGUGAAGUGGUGCUGCUGUUGAUGCUGAUGUUGAUGCUGAUGCCGGCCUCGUCAUCACCACCGCCGCCACCACCACCACCGUCACCGUCACCGUCACUGUUUUCAUUAUCGGUGUUAGAGUAAGAGAGAGAGAAAGAGAGAGGAGGAAAAGAGAGUGAAAGCGGGUUUUCAGUUUAUUUUUUCAUUAUUAUCAUUUGCCGUGCGUCGCUGUUCGUGCGUUCGUGUUCGUGCGUGUGUGUGUGGCACGGACGGGAUACUGACUGACGGACGAACGGACGGCGAGGAGGCGUGUCACGAACAACAGCGAGGCAACACAUUACUACAUAUAUAUACAGGAAUGAUGACGUCACCGCCCCCUCCCGCCUCCUCCCGCCUCUCCUGGGUGGGGGGCGCUCUCCUCCUCCUCCUGCUGGCCUCCUUCGGCUCAGGCGAGUGUGACUUCCCUGCAGAGUGGACGGGGCGGUGGUUCCGGGCCGGCAUGGGACAGGAGGGGCCGGUGGUAAUCAGCGGGGGCUCCAUCUCCAAGACGGGCAUCUGCGUGGAGCACGGCAAGGCCAGCCGCUUCCUGGUCAAGGAGGAGCAAUACAACUGUCACAAAUGCAUGGUGAUCAGUAUGAAGCACCCCAACGUUAUACAGUACAAAGAGUCGUACUGUGACAACACGAAGGACCUGCGUAAGCUGUGCGAGGGCAUCACGGGGGACGCGAUGCUGUACUCAAUGUUCCGGCUAGGCGCUGAUCCAGUCACUUGUCCCUUCCGCGGCCCGCUCACUUUCACCUACUCCAAAGGGUACGAGGUGUGCUCUUCUCCAGUGUCCCAGGUGGACUCCUGCUCAGAGGACUACCGCCUGUUGUUCCGUCACCAGGCGUGUCCAGACGUGAACGCCUCUGAAAGCUUACUGGAGGAGCUGGUGUGUCUGGGUUGGUGGAAAGAGGGGUCCAAUCACUACCUGGUGGGGAAGAUUGACCACAUCUUCGCUAAGUCAGACGAAGACCGCUACCGCUGCUUCAUCUACGACCACCCGCGCCACCAGGGAAACACUCAGACGUGGAGCCUCGCCCAGAGCGCCGACGCCACCUGCCAGGGCCUCAUAUCGGCUCACGAGGGCAGCAAGACCAUGACCCUCACCAAAAUGACGCACAGUGGGCGCAAAUGUCGUUUCCCCUCGUGGCUGGCAGAGCACCGCCACUGGCACACGCUGGACAAUUCUCAGAGUUACUACGUGUACCACAAGAACACGUACCUUAGGAUCAGCAACGGUACAACGGUGCCUGAGAACGUGGAGACACGCGGACAGACAGACAUUCGGUUGGUUUGCCACCGGUACGAAGGGCACCACCACCACCACACAGACGCCCCAGCAUCCUCCACCACCACCACGGACGCCGCGCCCACAGACCACCGCACACACCACCACCGCGACCAGGACGUUGUCACCAUCAUCGCCCACGUCACUGUCGGAUGCAAGAGCGGGUACCAGUGUCUGCAGCUGUACCGACGUGACAAGAGAGUGGUACAGGUGAGAUCAGGUGAGCUGGCAUAUUCAGCGGACGAGGCCUGCUCCCCUCACUACUGGUCCCCCACCUCCGCCAACCUCACGACCCUGGUGGCUGUGGGAGGUCCGCCUGGCCCCUGUGGUCCCUUCGGAAGGUACACGGUGGCCCACAGUGUGUUGCCCUGCGCGGGGGAGGCGCCCACCUACACACACAUGACGGUGGGAUGCAACUCCGAGGCACGCAACACUCUGCAACUCAAGUCUUCGUGUCCUGAGGAGAGUGUGUAUGAGUUCCACUGCAACGGUCAGUGGGAGAGUGAGGGCGUGACUUACGUAGUGGCCUCUCCCAUGAGCCGCGCCUCCGGAGGGCCUCGCCGCGUGUGCUUCGCCUACAGUGUGGUGUCACCGCCGCCCUCCCACGCCCACUCCCGCCCCCACACCCUCACCAUCACCGCGCGCCACGACACCUGCAUCCCGCGCCAGCACGACGCACACAUUGCCAUCAACGCCACGCUAGCAGGGCAAUGCGUUCAGUCAGCCAGCAGCGUGAGUAGGGCAGUGGGGAGUAGGGGGGUUAUGGGGGGAGACGCGCCCCUCUUCCUCCUCCUCCCCCUUCUUCUAUUGCUGCUGCACCUCCACCACCACCACGCCACCGCCCCCUUGUAGUUCACGGUGAAGUAGACAGAGGGAGCUAAAGUGAGAUGUUGUAGGCAGAUAAGUAAUGUAGUCGGUGUGUGCGUGUGUGCGUGCGUGUAUGAGGUGUGUGUUUGUGUGUUUUGCGUGCGUGUGUAUGUAUGUGUGUUUAGUAAUAAGGGCAGUGUUUUUUUUUUCUUUCUCGUUUUUUGAAAGAGCCUUGUUCACUAAUUGUUUUUUAUUGAAAUGGAGUGUUUCAAGAAAGUGUUGUUAGUUAAAUCAAAGGAAAAUAUCCCCGCCUGUGUAUUUGUAGAGAGAGAGAGAGAGAGAGAGAGAGAGAGAGAGAGAGAGAGAGAAACAGAAA